AUGAGAUCUAAGAUCUUAUGGUCAAUACCUGCGUGGAUCGACGGUCAUCAUCGAUCUUAGUAAAUGUAACGAUCUUCUAUUACUCGUUACUUCUGUGUUUUUGUUUCUGUUUCUGUUUCCCAAGCAAGAUAAGUCACGUAAUAAUUCUACUUAUAGUAACUCCUACAUGGCUACAUGAACUGAUGCACAUACGCUUUUCCAUAGCUUACGUCUCCACUAAACAAAUUUUUGCGACCUAACCGCUCGUUAUAUAUAAAUACAUUAUGAUUUCCACUAGAAAAAAAUGUUCGAGAAUUAGCAUUAUAUAGAUACUAAGUUUAACGAUAAGGAAUCAAAUCCACCGUACUAAUAAAUUUGUUGGCUUGUUAGACCAUCAUUAUCCAAGAUUUCUUAUGACGAAGUUUUUAGUGGAAUAUAAAAAACAAUUUCUUAACUUUUUAGUUAAAAAUUAAGAAACAAUUUAUUAUAUUUUUCUAAGAACUCCGGCCUAAAUAAACUCUAGAUAAUGAUGAUCUUAAUUGCUAUAAUAUAUAUAUUAAUCGUUAAUUUGAAUGCAUGUGUGAAACUGGAAUUUGCACUAAGACAAUAAGACAAAUUUGAAUAUUGAAUGUACACACAUAUAUGUAUAUAUAGACAAGUACACAGAAAUUGAGAGUUGAAAAUAUGAAGAAUUUCCUUAUAUUAUAUAUAUAUAUAUAUAUAUAUAUAUAUAUAUAUAUAGUAUAAGUUAAAAGAGGAGGAUGGGCCACAAGUUGCUAUAUAAAUCCUUCCAUUUCUUGUGUAGUAUUACUUGAGUUCUGAUUGGGCAGUAGUACCAUUGCCAUUUCUUACCAUCUCUUUCUCUCAUCAUCAAUCAUCAAUCAUCUAAAAGAAAGAAAAAAACCCUAAAUUUCAUUUUUUUGUAAGCUUUUCUCAGUUACUCUCCAUUCCCAUUUCAACAGCUUCCGCAUCUCUAUUUCUCCAUGGAUUCUGACUUAAUGAACAUGAUGCAACAAAUGGAGAAGCUUCCUGAGUUCUGUAACACAAACCCCUCUUUCAUCGACCACAACAACAACAAUAACAUUUACCCUUUUCUGUUCAACUCAAACCACAACCAUCCUGACUCAAUGACCUAUGAACCCGGUUUCCGGUACGGUUCCGGAUUACUCACAAACCCUUCUUCUCUCUCUCCCAACACAGCUUACUCUUCCGUUCUGCACGACAAAAGAAACAAUAGCGCGAACAUGGCAGCUAUGCGAGAGAUGAUCUUUCGUAUCGCCGUGAUGCAACCGAUACAUAUCGAUCCCGAGGCUGUUAAGCCACCUAAGAGGAGGAACGUGAGGAUCUCUAAAGAUCCACAGAGUGUGGCUGCUCGGCACCGAAGGGAAAGGAUAAGCGAGAGGAUCCGUAUUUUGCAACGGCUUGUUCCUGGUGGAACCAAGAUGGAUACGGCUUCCAUGCUCGACGAAGCUAUUCAUUACGUGAAGUUUCUAAAGAAACAAGUGCAGUCCCUGGAGGAGCAAGCGGUCGUUAACAGCGGGGGAGGAGGUAGGGUGUUGGUCGGCGGUGGUGGAGUCACGGGGGCGGUGAGUGGUGGUGGCGGCGGAGGAGUGGUUUUGAAAGGGUGUGGAACAAUAGGGACUCAUCAGAUGGUGGGCAAUGCACAGAUUCUUAGAUGAUGAUUAUUUUUACUAAAUUAAUGGAUACACCAUUAUAAAAUUUCAAAUAAAAAAAAUGGAACUAUUAAGAGUCUUUUGACCUUAUUCUUCCUGUGUUAGGCCAUGUAUGUGAUGGUUCUAAUGUCAGACUCUCCAUGGUUUUGGAGUGGGUUGUAAAUUAGAAACUACUUUCAAUAUAUCUUAUCUUUGUUAAUGAAAUAUUUUUAAGCAUUAGUGAUAGAUGUUUUCAGCUUCAGGCUUGUGUGUGUGUGACCUUUUUGUUGUUGUCACACUAAAUAUAUCAUAUGUAUCAUGUAUGCUUACUUAAUAAACCUAAAUGUUUAUUUCAA